UAUCAUAAACUGCUGCUUCAGGUGGGACGUUGCCGGUGCACAUCGGGCACACAACAAGCACAGUUAUAUCUCAUCACGGGUUUAUAAGCAGCUAAAUAAUAGCUAUAUCGAAUGUGCAACCGGUACACCUAUUACAAUGUUGCUGUAAAAUAAGUUUUAGACAAUGAAUAACUUAAAAAUUCAACGGUUUUAUGGGUCUGAUUUAUCGGGAAAGUUAAUUAUAGCAGAAACGCGUACAUUUGCACUAAAUUGUAUUCAACACAAAAAUUAAAUCAGAAAUGUAUCUAACCUAACUACCAUUAGAAUGAAAAGUAAUUUAAAAAUGUUUGUUCGACGAUUUAAAUACAUAAAAAAUCUAGUGAUUAUUCGUACUCUGAGUACAAAUAAAAAAUCAUUAAAAAGUGCAAAAUUAAUAAGAACUGAGUUUUUGGAGUAUUUUGCUAAAAAUAAUCAUGCAAUUGUUCGCUCAAGUCCAGUUGUGCCUUUAAAUGAUCCUUCUAUACCAUUUGUUAAUGCAGGAAUGAAUCAGUUCAAAGGUGUUUUAUUAGGAGAUCAUAGUCCACCAGCAUUUCGAGUUGCCAAUUCACAAAAGUGCAUUAGAGUUGGAGGAAAACACAAUGAUUUAGAUAUUGUUGGAAAUGAUUCAUAUCACCAUACAUUUUUUGAAAUGCUAGGCAAUUGGUCUUUUGGAGAUUACUUCAAGGAAGAAGCUUGCAAAUAUGCAUGGGAAUUAUUGACAGAAAUUUAUGGAAUCAAGAAAGAUUUCUUGUACGUAACAUAUUUUAAAGGAAAUGAAAAAUUAAAUUUACAACCAGACUUGGAAUGUAAGGAAAUUUGGCUUAAAAUUGGAGUACCAAAAGAUCACAUAUUGCCAUUCGGCAUUGAAGAUAACUUUUGGGAGAUGGGCCCAACAGGUCCAUGUGGUCCUUGUACAGAAAUACACAUUGAUCAUACAAUGCAGUCUAAAAAUCAAGCUUCCAGAGUUAAUAAAGGUCAUGAUGAUCUUACAGAACUUUGGAAUGUGGUAUUUGUGCAGUACCAAAGACUUCAAAAUGGUCGGAUAAUACCACUGUUAAAAAAACACAUUGAUACUGGCAUGGGUUUUGAAAGAUUAGUAACUGUAUUACAAGAAAAGAGAUCUAAUUAUGAUACAGAUAUUUUUCAACCUUUGUUUGAAGCCAUUGAAAAAUUUACUCAUGCUCCAAAAUAUCAAGGAAGAUUUGGUACAGCUGAUAAAAACAAAAUUGAUACAGGAUAUAGAAUUUUAGCUGAUCAUGCUCGGAUGGUCACAGUUGCUUUGGCUGAUGGAAUGUUACCUGACAAGAAUCAAAAACUCAGACGAAUCCUGCGAAAAGCUAUUGAUAUCAGUGAAGAGUCAUUUAAAACAAGCCAACUUCUAUCAGAAUUGACAAAUCACGUUGCCUUCAGCCUUGGAGAUGUUUAUCCAGAAAUUUAUAAAAACUUGAACAAGAUUCAACAUAUUAUACAAUAUGAAGAAGAAGUUAUGAAAUCAGCAAGAAAUAAUGCUGCGAAAAAUUGGCGGAAAGUUGUUGAAAAUCGUCCUGAACUAUCAGCCAUUACUGAUGCAACAUUACCUGGAUUGACAGCAGGCUACUAUGAACUGCAGACUUUUCUCAAAUCAGAAUAUAAAGUAAAUAGUUUACCAGGAGAUUUUGCUUACAAGCUGUAUGACACCUAUGGCUUGAAUUCCGAAACAAUAUGCAAAUUGGCAGAAAUUGAGUCUAUACCAUUUGAUUUGAAAACUUUCAAAGAAGCAAUUGAGAAAGCUAGAGAACGUUCCAGGCACAAAGCUGACAAAUUAAAUGAUGAAAUCAUAUCUGAAUAUUCAUUAAAUUUACUUGAAUCGGGAAACGUGCCGAAAACCGACGAUCUACUUAAAUACGAUUAUACAAUUACUGAAAAAGGAUAUCAGUUUCCAGUUGUCAAAUGUAAAAUAGUUGGAAUGAUUAUGAAUGGUAAUUUAAUAUCUGAACCUGAAACUGCAUUCAAUGUAGAUGAAAGCCAAACCAUUGUUGAAGCUACUGUCACCAACAGUGGUAAUAUUGUUGAAAGUAGUGCAGUUGUUACUACAAACGCUGAAGUGGGUAUAAUAUUAGACAAAACACCUGCAUACUCUACUGCGGGAAGUCAGAUUUCUGAUAAAGGCCAUAUUCAAAUAAAAGACUUACUUUUUAAUUUUGAGAAAGUUCGAAAAAUUCGAGAUUAUGUAAUUCAUAUUGGUCAUUUUGUGGACUGGGAUGAGGCAAAUCCAGAACAUGAGCUGCAAGUUGGAGAUGAAUGCCUGAUUUCAAUUGAUGAAAAGAUUCGAUUAGGUGCAAUGAGACAUCAUACUGCAACACACUUGUUGAACGCUUCUUUACAACAAAUUUUGCCCGUUGUCGGACAGCGUGGGAGUGACGUUUCCAAAGAUUUUUUGAAUUUUGAAUGCAGUGUAUUUGGUAGAAAAUUAUCACGUGAAGACGUUGUAAAAAUUGAAAAAUCUAUAAAUGAAGUUAUAGCAGCUAAUGUUCCUGUAAAAACUAAAACUGUAGAUAUUCUACAAAUGUUAAAUGAAGAUAACCUGACAGUAGUUCCAGGAGAAGUUUAUCCAGAUACAGGAAUUAGAAUUGUUGAAAUAAAUAGUCCUGCUUUGAGUUCCAAAGAAGCAUGCUGUGGGACACAUGUUCAUAAAACAGGUGAUUUAGAACAUUUCUGCAUCACAAGUCUUAAAUCUCUAGGAAGCGUUAGUAUGAGUUUAAAAGCUAUAACUGGGCCAGCAGCUCGUUUAGCAAGACUUGCAGGCGACAAUUUGAAAGAUAGAAUUUUAAAUAUUGAAAACGAUUUAAAAGCAGGUAAUGCAACUUUGAAAGAACUUGAAUUUAGAGUCAAUAGUGAAAAGCAGGAGUUACUGGAUAAAAAGAAAAGAACAAGGUUUCCUUAUAUUGUUGUCCAAGAAAGUUUAGAAAAAUUAGAAUUGUUGUCCAAAAACAUAAGGAUACGAGAUAGAGAAUUAACAAGAAAUACCAUUGAGGAAGAAAUCAAGAAAUUGUUAGAUUCUUCAUCGUUACCAUUUGUUGUACACUGCCUUCAACCAACAAAUACAUCAUUAGAAAAUGUCUCAUUAAAAAAUAUUAUUAAGCUUUGUCCGCCUUCAACGCCAGUUUUAGUUAUCGUUCAUUGUAAAAGCAAAGUUAAAGCUAGCUGCUUCGUUCCAGAGAAAUUGCAAACUGACGUAUUUAAUGCUAAAACGUGGAUGGAAGAGAUCUUGCAAGUGUUUCAAUCGAAAGGAAAUGUUACAAAGGGUGAUAAUCCACUCAUCUCGUACAACAUGCAACCAAUUCAAAUUUCUGACAGCAAUUUUAAAAUCUUAAUUGACAAAGCGAUCGCAACUGCUACGAAAUUUGCGUCAAUUUACGUCGACAGAAGUCAAAAAAAUAAACCAAACAAAUAAUGUAAGUUUUGUUUUAUAAAAACAAGUGUAAUUAGAUUUUAUUCAAUAAAUAUUUUUAGGAUGGUUGUUUAUAAAAUGUAUAUUUGAUAAAUCAACAAUUUACUGUACAUUAAUUUUUAGAUAAAAUUUUUUUAAUACC